AUGGGAAAACGAAAGAUUACUUACGAGGAGGAAGAGUCAGAUACCGAAAGCCAUGAAAACGGAGUAGAAGAUGAAGAAGGAGUCGAUCCGGGAGCCUCAAUCCCUCCGAAUGUUAUCCGAGAAUUUUGUGAGGUGAUUUUUCUUUAUUUUCUUUAUAAAUUUAGGAGGUUUACAAUGGCCAGAAAACCUGCUUCGCUCGAGAUGAAGUUUAGGUCAAUGUCAAGUGUAAUAUUGCUUUUUCUAUUGGGUAACCCGGUCCAAGUCACCUGAAAUUUUUCCCAUAGCAAGAGUAUAGCAUGCUUCAGCUUUUAAGAUUACUUUGGGACUCUUGCUUUUGCAUAGUUUUCUCCGGCAGCUCAAUUUAUGUUAGACCUGCCACUAAAAAAUCGAAAUUUUAUGCCAAUGCAUGAAAAUAAAUUUUUUAUUCCAGAUUCUGGACAAACUCCAGGAGAGUAAUGUUAUUGAUCACAACGCCAAGAUUACACGGCUUUCCAAGCUUGAAGCUGUGCAAUUAAAUCCUCAAGUUAUCGCUUACCUGAAGAAACACUCACUGUAAGUUGAUUCUUUGUGUUUUCUUGAUUUUUAGGUAUGGAAGAGUUGUCAGAGUGGGUUAGAAACUAUUUCAAGUCAUUUAUUGGGGUUAUUUCUGCAAAAUUGAAGAGUUUUCGGAGGUUUUCCUUGGUUUAGGCAUUUUGUUGAUGGUAAAAUACGAUAAUCGGAGUUUCUGCAUCGCCAAAGCUCUAAGUCUUGACGUUUGUGGUUUAUUAGUUGGUGUGAGGUCUAAGGAAGGUACUAUGCGGCUGAUGUUUCUCUCUGAGUUCACUUAUCCACCUUAUUUUAGAGAGUACUCCCAUCUGAUGGAAGUCUACAGCAAAUACCUGACCAAAGGUCUCAGCAAGCAACGUAUCGCCGUGGAUGUUGGGAACGAGUGCGUUAAAGCCUACAGCAGCAGCGGCGAGUCGGUCAAAUCGCAUCCCCGGUUUCCACAAGCUCCGAUUAAUCAAUUCCAAAAAUUUUUGAGCAAGAACAAUAAAACAAUCCGUGACGUGUCCGCGGCGGAAAUGCAGCGAUACCGGAACGAACGCCAAUCCACAUUGGACGAGGAGUCGAAGCGCGAGUAUCGGGAGUACGUUGAGAAGCUGAACACAUUCUUGGAGCAGGAACGAAGCGUUUUGACGGAAGAUCAGGUCAAGUACGUCAAAAAUACCAUCAAGAAAAGUGAGAAAAAGGUGAGUAGAGAGUUUUUAAGUGUUUUUGAUUCGGUUUUUAGGAAGUAAGGUGCCGAAAUUUGGAAAAUGAGAUAAUUUUAUAUUGCACUAGGCAUUUUUGGUCUGAAAUUGGAAAAAAGUCAAAGUUUUCAAUGAGUAACGCAUGUUUGUUAACUUUAUAACGAUUUUCGCGUCUAGUAUAAGGUUUGUAUCAUUAUUUCAAGCCUUUGAAAUUAGAUUUUUCAACGUAAAAUAAGAGGUUUUCAGUACAAACCGCCUCAUGAGAAAUCUCCCUCAAAGAAGUCGAAAAAGGAGAAGACAACUCGAUCAGCAUUCGACUUUUUCAAAAUGGCCCAAGGCGCGAAAUACCAAGAAAUGGAUCCGGCCAAACGAGAUCUCAAACUCCGCAAAAAAUUCGAUAAACUUGACGAUGCCGCCAAAGAACCCUACCUCAACAUGGAACAGAACCAAUAUUUAGACUAA